AUGGCCGACCUCCCGCAGUCUCGUGUUCGCGAAGCGGUUCCUUUCACGAAAACGGGAAUAGACUUUUGCGGCCCAUUUUACAUCAAAGAAAGAAAGGUUCGAAACAGAGCGAAAAUUAAGGUCUACAUCUGCGUGUUUAUCUGUUUCACUAUAAAGGCCAUACACCUCGAGGUCGUAAGCGAUUUAACCACUGACGGAUUUAUAGCGGCGUUGCGGCGUUUUGUAGCUAGACGAGGGAUGCCGGAGCAUAUCCAUUCGGACAAUGGUACCAAUUUUGUAGGCGCGAAUAACAAAUUGAAAGAAAUGUAUGCCCUCCUAAAUUCCGACACACAUAAGGAACACGUGGCUAAAUUCGCGAAUGAUCACCGAAUCACAUGGCACUUCACGCCACCAUAUGCUCCCCACUUCGGGGGAUUGUGGGAGGCGUCGGUUAAACUCUUCAAACAUCAUUUUAAACGGGUGGUUGGAGACAGUUUGUUUACGUUCGAGGAGCUCAACACCCUUGUCGUAGAGAUCGAGGGGAUAUUGAAUUCCCGACCGAUCACGCCUUCAUCUUCGGAUCUGAACGACUUACUGGCGUUAACGCCUGCGCACUAUUUGAUCGGUCGAGCGACCAUGGCUCUGCCGGAAGCCCGACUGACGGAAAUUCCCACCAACCGCCUGUCCACCUGGCAGCACAUUACCAAGGUCCGCCAGGAUUUUUGGUCGCGCUGGAAACUCGAAUACCUGAACGAAUUGCAGCAGCGAUCGAAGUGGAUCAAGGAUGGCCCGGACCUUUCCACUGGAACAAUCGUCCUCAUCAAGGACAAAAACCUGCCCUGCACACAAUGGCUACUGGGGCGAAUUAUAGAAUUGCAUCCUGGCAGAGACGGGGUCAACCGGGUCGCCACAAUCAAAACCGCGAGCGGGAAUCUACACAGAGCGACAAAGCUCUUAUGCCCGCUGCCUUAUGCAAUACCAUUAUAA